AUGGCUGGCGUAUGGAGGACGAGGCUCGCUUCGCUUCGCUCCGAGGUCUUUCAGGGUUGCUGCACGGUCGGUUCGGGGGGGAAGGAUCGACUGGGGGGGUGGUUCUGCAAUGGCGAGGCGAGGCGAGGCGAGGGCUCGGUUGGGCUGGCUGGUUGGGAAAUGCAGACUGCAGCAACAGCAACAAGCAAAUGCGGCGGGAGGCAGGACAACGGGCGGGAGUCGCUGGCUGCAGCAGAGGAUUGUGGGAGCCGGCAGGUGGGUGACGACGUUUGGGAGAAGCAAAGAACGAAAGGAUUGUAUGAUGAGGGCUUGAAGAAGGCUGCGAAAGGAGACGCGCUUGCCGGAAUGGAGCGGUGCCAUCCUGGAAGGGAAGGGCCACCAGAGUCUAGCUGGGCAGGCGCGGGCCACUCUCUGCUGCUGCACCACAGGCACCAUGGCAAGACCAGCACGACGGCACCACUGCGCAGCCCACAGCAGCCCACACGCAGCCCACAGCCCACACACACGCAAACCCUCCGACACCUGCCUGUUCGUGUCUGCCGGCCAUGA